GUGACGAUAUUUUCUGAAAUGAGUUCAACGUGAACACAGAGAGCGAGAGACAUGAAUGCAUUUUGCCUUAACCUAUUUUAAUCCGUUCACUUUGAUAACAUCCACAUCCCUUUGCACUUUGUUUUCCUGUUCGGUGUUUGUGUGUGUGUGUGUGUAUGUAUGUGUUUGUGCUUUUUAUUUUCGUUUGUUGCAAUAAACGCCACUCUAAAUUUUCUUUCUAAUAAUCUAAACGUGCGAUUGAUAACUCGUUUUCUAGAAAAGUCUAUAUUUAAGCAUUGGUUAAACAAUGUGGCAAAGCAUUACGCUUUUGCAUUAUCGCCAAUGAACGCCAAGCGUGUGAUUUCAUUUCAUCGGAGGAAAAUUAAUCGGAGUGAACACAUCAAAAUCGAUUGCAGCUCAGUGCAAGGCUGUUUCGUUCUUCGUGUGUAAUUAGUCGGUUGUGUCGACGGAGUGUAUGUGUAUGUGUGUAUAUGGUGAAGGGAAGGAAAAAUAAAAGAGCAACAGAAAAGAAAACCGUUAACUGUAAAAUCAAACGGAUAAAAAUAUGUUCAUUUUAUGUAUACUGUUGGCCAUUUUAUGGCUGUAUCUAAUGUGGACUCGACGCAAUGUCUACAUAUUAUCAUGGAAAAUGCCCGGACCCCCCGUUUAUAUACCGAUUAUUGGAAAUAUCUUGGGCAUGUGGAAUGAGGAAGAAAAUUCAAAGUAUUUGGAUGAAAUUAGUCGAAAGUAUCCAUCGCCAGCUCGCGUGUGGAUGGGCCCGAAUUUAUAUAUUUUUGUACAUGAUGCCGAGUGUGCGGAGCAAGUAUUGAAAGGUCGAACUACGAUGAGCAAACCGAGCGUAUAUGAAGCAAUUAGGGAUGUACUAGGAGGCGAUGGCCUUUUCUCGAGUAACGGCGAAGCUUGGAAACUGCAUCGCAAGCUCAUGAGUCCAUCAUUAAAAGACUCGACCGUUUUCAGUCAUUUAUCCAUUUUUAACUUUUACAUUCGCGAGUUUUGCACUACAACACUUGGUGAGGAGGCGAAAAAGGGAAAAGCGUUUGAUGUGAUGCUGCCACUAAAUGUGUGCCUGCUCUCAAUGUAUCUGGAUGCAACGCUCGGUAUUGAAUGGCACCAGAAAUCGGCAUACUCAAACUUCUUCAGUGAUGCAAUUUCGGCGGUAAUAAAGCGGAUGUUUCGACCGUGGCUGCAAGUUGAAUGGUUCCGUAAAAUCACAAACUACCAAAAGAAAAUUGUGUUCUUUCAAAAGUUUAGUGACGAAGUUAUGGACAGGAUAAUUAAUCGGUCACUCGAAAAUGGAAAUGACGGCAAUACCUUUCUCGAUAAGCUGAUUACAGUGUCGCAGCAAAACAAAAACUUUACGCUUCAAGACAUCAAAGUCGAAGCUCACACUCUCUUAAUCGGCGCGAGUGAUACGACAGCCGUAUCCAUAUCGACGCUGUUGCUGAUGUUGGCAAUUCAUCAAGAUUGUCAGGAGAAAGUGUAUGAAGAGCUCUUGAACAUAAUGCCUAAUUCAGAUGUUGAUCUAACGCCAAUCCAUAUUAAUAAAAUGGUAUAUUUGGAUCAGUGUCUGCGGGAAACGCAACGCUUAUUCCCAACUGUGCCCUUGAUUGGACGAACCGCAACCAAUGAACCCAUCAAUCUGAAAGGAUACGAAAUUCCACCGAAUAUACCAAUUUUCAUUGGUAUUCGUCAAAUUCAUCGUAACGAAGAGUACUACGGACCCACGGCCCAUCUGUACGACCCAAACCGAUUCAAGCCAAACGAACAUCAUCCCAACAAAGAUCAACAAGGAAUGUACUUGCCAUUCUCUCUAGGUCCUCGAAAUUGUAUCGGCUACAGCUAUGCAAUUUACACAAUGAAACUGGUCGCUGCUCACAUUCUUCGCAAUUACCGCCUCAGUACACCACUGAAAUUACACGAACUUAAGGUGAAACUUUCUGUAAGUUUUCGACUUGUUAACAACCACUUGAUUGAAGUACAUAAGCGGAACGACUAAAAGGAGUUUCACUUGCGAAAGAAAAACUUUCGACUUGAAAUGAAUAUACAUAUACCUAACACCGGUAAAAUGUGCUAAUUUCGAAAAUGUGCACCAAAUUCAAAUAAAAAAAGCGUAUAAACCUGGAAUUUCUCAUUA